GGGUUUCAAGUCUGGCAUGUGGGGAUGAAAUGUCGGAUAAGCCCCGAGUGACAUAAGCUGACUGAGAUGUAGCUGAUCACGCCUUGAAACCUGCUGUCUCAGAGGUGAAUAAUACACAGUUAAAAAGAGCAGUUUAAUCGAUUAUAUCAUGACCGUUAUGGCCAAAAACAGACCAGAGAAAAUCUUCUGUUCAAUUGUUCUUACCCUGUGUUUAUGGAAUAUAUGUUAUGCUUAUACAGAAUUACCAACUCCUGGUGUUUUAACAAAUAUUAUAGUUGACAAUGUAACUGGCAACAUUUACAUUGGAGGCAGUAACUUUUUACUAAAAGCAAGCAGUGACUUGGACAUUCUUAGACAAAAUAGCACAGGACCGAAGCCUGACAACCCCUUAUGUACACCUCCUCCCCAUUCAUGCAAGGAAACUAGAGUUCCUACAGAUAACCACAAUAAAAUUUUACUCAUUGAUGAAUCGCAACGAAAACUCUUAACAUGUGGAAGUUUAUACCAUGGUUAUUGUGAGGUAAGGGAUUUGAAUGACCUCGACAUUACAGUGCCAGUGUCAAAGCCAUUUGUUGCAUCAGGUCAUCCAAAUGCUGCUGUUGGUUUUAUCGCACCGGGCCCAUCUGAACUUGGGGGAAAUGUACUCUACAUUGGAACAACCUGGUUUCCAAAAAUUGUGGAAACCUACACUGAUAUCUUCGCUGUUUCAAGUAGAAGCAUUGAUUCUUCGGGUAACUUGUUUGAGCUUGCAUUGGAUGGAGGAAAAGUCACAGCUUUGAAGUUUUCUGAUUAUAAUUAUGAAGUUCGCUAUGUGUAUGGGUUUUCUCACAGUGACUUUAGUUACUUCAUAACAGUUCAGGAAAGUUUGGCAUCUUACAAAAAGAGGGCAUCCAAUCCUUCGGCAAUAAAAGAAUAUGAAACUAAAAUAGUAAGCUUGUGUCAAAAAGAUAGUAAUUAUCAAUCGUACACAGAGAUUCCUCUCAAGUGCUUGUCCAGGAGUGGAGUUAAUUUCAAUAUUGCUACAUCGGCAGUGAUAGCCAAAGGAGGAGAUAAACUUACCAAAAAGUCAGGAAUACCGUUGAAUUCUGAAGUACUUUUUAUAACAUUCAGCAAGUCAAACCCUGGCUCAAGUGAACCAACACAAAGUUCAGUUCUUUGUUACUAUUCAAUGAAAGAAAUUAAGGAAGGCUUUAACGCAAAUAUUCAAAAGUGUUCUGAAACCACGGGUAUGCCUCUUGGUGUACCAUGGACUGCUAUAGGUAAGGGCACUUGUGUAUCCCAAAAGUAUUCAGGAACUUGCCCUUCUAAUACGAAUAACCAUCCGCUUGGAGGAAGCAUCAGUGUAAGCACAACAGCAAUACUGGAAAAGAACCAGUCUACGUUGUUGUCUAUCAGUGCRUUACCAUAUGAAGACUACACUGUGGUAUUUCUUGGAGACAACAAUGGACAUUUGUUGAAGGUCUCUGUUGGAGACAGUAGUUCAUUGUUAACCCCUUACCAUGAUGAAGCUAUCUCGCAAGGAAAACCUCUCACCAAAGUGGUCCUAAGUAAAGACAGACAGUCUCUUUAUGUGGCAAAUGAUCUGAAGGUUUUCAAGGUUCCUGUGGAAGACUGUUCAUCUCAUUCAUCAUGCAAGUCCUGUACAGGUCAUGGCGAUCCUUUUUGUGGAUGGUGUACUCUUUACGAAAAGUGCAGUAGAAGAGCUUUGUGUGCUAAUUCAGCUGUACAUCCACUUCGCUUUACUACAAAUGCUUCCCAAUGCAUUCAGUUUGUGUCUACUAAACCAGAGAGGUUUCCAUAUGGGAGUGUCACCCAGUUUGAUGCAACCAUAAAGAGCAUGCCUCCGUUGUUGGCUGGUGAGACAUAUAAGUGCUAUAUCAACAGUAAAGAGAGACCAGCAGUGGUGUUCUCUAAUGGUACAAUACAGUGUAGUACACCUCCUAAAAGCGACUUGCCACCAAUUACCAGUGAUACAGGUGACGUUCUUGUAGAUUUGUCAUUGAUUUCUUCCGAAACUGGCAAGACGAUUCUCUCAACCAAGAUACCAUUCUAUGACUGUACUUUGAUGAAAAGAUGUGUUUUGUGUUCUGAGAGCAACUACGACUGUGAUUGGUGCAUUUAUAAAGGGAAAUGUUAUGCUGAUGGAAAUACUCAAUGCCCAGGGGAGAUUAUUUUGUCCAGCCAGAAACGUACACCUGGUGCUGUGGGCUGCCCACGUCUUGCAGAAAACCAAACCUUUCUACUGCCCAAUAAAAUUUCCACAUCAAUGAAGAUACAAGCCAAAAACCUUCCUGCAAUAAAGUAUAACUUCCAGUAUGAAUGCAACGUGAUGGUUGAAGGAAAGAAUUUCAGGGUUGGUGCUUUACGGGACAGUGACAGCCAAGUAACUUGUCAAGAAUCCGCAUAUUCGUACUCCAAGACAAGCCAGUAUUCACCUGCAGAGCUGAAGGUUUUAUGGCGAGGAGAAGAUGAAAUCCAUAAACCUGAUUCUAUAAAAGUUUCCCUCUACAAAUGUGAUGUGAAUAGAGAUGACUGUAGCACGUGCCUUGUUGCCGAUGGUCAGCUCAACUGUGGAUGGUGUAAGCUGACGAGUUCCUGUCAGGUAGAAAAGGGAUGUGAUCAAAAAUGGGUUCAUCGAUCACAACCUUGCUACACUAAGCCAGUCAUAAAGAAGUUUUGGCCCAUGUCUGGGCCACCUCGAGGAAACACAGAAAUAGAAAUCACAGGAGUUGACUUCGGGAAGGUUUUUGGUGACAUCAAGGAUUCUGUUUUCAUUGGCAACUACUCUUGCAUUCCUGAUCCAAGAAAAUAUGUAGUGUCCAAAAGGAUAACAUGUAACACUACUAAAAGCAAUGAAGAAGUCAAAGGACCUGUUAUUGUGGUCGUCAAUGGGAUAAGAGGUUCAUCUCGAGAUCUCUUUUCCUAUCAGACUCCCGUAGUGAAAGACUUCAAUCCCAAGAAAGGACCGGAGUCUGGGGGUUCGUUAAUCAACAUCACUGGUAUCAACCUGAAUACAGGAAGGCGAAUCGAGGCAUGGCUUGGGAAAACACCCUGUGUUAUCGACAGAUUAAAGGUUACAGAUACAAGUAUUCCAUGUAUAACUCAAGCGGUUUCAACCAGAAUGAGAAGAGCGGUGUCUAACGAGUCGACAUCUCACGAUGUGGUGGUUUCAUUUGAUGGCUUUUUUCCUCCCAGUCCACCAGGAAAGUUUGAAUUCAAAGCUGACCCGGUGUAUGCCGGUAUCAACCCCGACAGAACCUUCCCAAGUGGUGGUCUGAAGUUAACCGUCACAGGAGAGAAUUUUGACAGCGUUCGCAUACCAAAGAUAUAUUUUACAAACGCUGACGACAAGAGUUCUGUGUCAAAAGAAGAGAUCUGUGACGUCAAAAGCAGUAAAACCAUGGUAUGCCCCAGUCCUAAUAUAACCAUUUUCAACAUUGAGCCUGGUUCAAAGAAUGGUUCUGAGCUUAUCGUUGGUUUGGUGAUGGAUAAUGUACCGGGGCUUGAGAAUGUGACUACCUUGGCUCUUGUGAUGGAUCCUUACUUUACGCCUUUUGAUGGAGUUGAGGAAAUUAACAGCGAAAGCCUUAUUCUUAAGGGAAAGAAUUUAGAUAUACUAUCCAAAGAAGAUGUUACCGUGCUGGUGGAAGGGAUACACUGUAAUGUGACAGUCCUGGGUGAAGAACAGCUUGUUUGUAUAAUUCCCAAAGAAAAAGACCUUCCCGAAGCAGAGAAGAAAGAAUACACAGUCAUCGUAAAAGCAGGUUUUCUUACCUUUAACCUUGGAAAACUAAAGUUCUUCAUGCCUGUAAAAGGCAAGGAUAUUCCAUCCUGGGUCUAUGCUGUCGUUGCUGCCGUAGCAUUCAUUCUCUUGGUCGUCAUAAUAUGUCUUUAUUGCGCCUAUCGAAGGAAAAAACAACAGCAAUCGAAAUCCACCAAGAUACAUGAGAUAGAGAGGGGAAAAUUUGAGUUAAGAGUUGCCAGGGAAUGCAGAGAAGCGUUUGCUGAGCUGCAAACAGACAUGACAGAUUGGUCGAAUGAUCUGUCCUCAUCUCUAAUACCGUUCUGGGAUUUCCGUACGUACGCCAUGCACGUGCUGUUCCCUGGUGUUACUGAUCAUCCUGUUCUAAAAAUGAAGAGUAAUCUAUCGCACAACUGGGAGAGUGGUCUUCGAAAGUUUGCUCAACUCGUGUACAACAAGGACUUCUUGUUGAUAUACAUCAAAACCAUUGAAACACAGAGUAGCUUCAACAUGAAAGACAGAUGUAACCUUGCUUCGCUUUUAAUGGUGACUCUACAGAACAAGAUGGAUUAUGCAACAGAAAUACUGAAGCAGUUAUUGUGCGAGCUCAUACGCAAAUCUGUAGCACAAAGCCACCCAAAACUGCUCCUUCGAAGGACUGAAUCUGUCGCAGAUAAGCUAUUGACCAACUGGUUGGCAUUUUGUAUGUACAACGACCUCAAGAAAGAUUUGGGUAAGCCGCUAUUCAUGCUGUUCAUGGCGAUCAAAUGUCAGGUAGAGAAAGGUCCUGUUGAUGCUUGUACUGGAGAAGCGCGCUACUCACUGAGUGAAGACAAGCUUCUACGACAAACCAUUGAAUACGAGACGUUGAAGGUUACUGUCAGCCAGGAAGAUGAAUCUCCGAUCCAAGUCGCCCUGCUGGACUGUGACACCAUCACUCAAGCCAAAACAAAAAUACUGGAUGCUUUCCACAAGCACGAGCCUUAUUCAAGCAGGCCAACUCCUGAAACAUUCCAGCUAAGCUGGGUCAUGUCCGAUGGAACAGAAAAAGUUAUCCUUGAUGACGAUGCUUCAAGUGUCAUAGAUGGGCCUUGGAGAUGCUUAAACACGCUUGCCCAUUACAAGAUUCCAAAUGGAGCGUUACUGAAACUGUCUGUUCAUCACACGCAUUUCUACGGAAGUGCCGGAUCAGAUCUACAAAGUUUGCCAAGGACUACAUUCAAGCCUUUUAGCUAUACUGCACUAUCCCGAGGAAGCAGAGAAGACUUACUAGAAGAGGGUGGUCGAACCUGGCAUCUGGUAAAACAGCUUGAUUACCCGACAGACAAAGAAGAUGCACGACAUAGUAAGAUGUUAUCAGAGAUCUACCUUACAAGACUACUGGCCACCAAGGGAACAUUACAAAAGUUUGUUGAUGGCUUAUUUGAAGCAGUAUUCUCUAUGAAUCGUCGGUCCUCAACAGCGCCAUUACCUGUGAAAUUUCUAUUUGAUUUGCUGGAUGAGCAAGCACAGACGCUGAACCUGGCAGAUCCUGAAGUACUUCACACCUGGAAGAAUAACAGCUUACCACUUCGGUUUUGGAUCAACAUCAUCAAGAAUCCUAAUUUUGUAUUCGAUAUAUUCAAGCCAAACAUUGUGGACUCUUGUCUAUCAGUUAUUGCACAGCUCUUCAUGGAUGCUUGUUCCACCUCGAAAAAUGAGCUAGGAAAGGACUCGCCUUCCAACAAACUUCUGUACAACAGAGAUAUCCCUUCUUACAAGAAACGAGUCGAGAAUUAUUAUAGCAACGUACAAACUCAACCGUCUCCCAGCGACGAUGAGCUAAAGGACUUCUUAGCCGACUUGUCAGUACAAUAUAAUGGGAUGUUCAAUACAGACCAUGCACUACAAGAGCUUUUCCGUUACGUCACUAAGUACCAGGACCAGCUUCAAGAAAAACUCGAAGAGUCAGGACACCGCGAUCUGGCAUCCAAUCUCAAGCGCAUUGCAGCAGAAAAUAGACGAUGAUUAACACAAGGAAAAUAACCAAUAGCGUCCCGUAUAAUAUCUCGAAAAACUGGCUUGACCGUUGCCAAGACCAAAGAGCUUGGUAACCUAGGAGAUGAUCUCGUAAUUUAUUGAAAUAUUUUUGCGAAUAUUAUAUAUAUAUACACACUCGAUUGCAGAAACGUUGUAGUAUACAUUUAUACAAAUAUCUAAUUUAUUCAGUAUAUUUAAUGAUAUGCAAAAAGGAAA